AUGGAGUAUAUUGCAUACACUGAUGUCAAAUUUUCAUUUAUUGGAAUUCGUAAGCACUUUUUUCGGGAUAAAUUAUAUUAUGUAAGUGUUUUUGAAGAUUAUUUUAUUAUGGGCAAUGUAAAUUACUUCAUUUAAUAAAUUAGACUUGCGAUACACAAACACCCAAAUACAAAAUAAGUUUUGAUCUAAAGAUUAAAAUAAAUUGGGACUUGAAAAAAUAGAAAAACAAUGUUAUUAUAUAAUCAUUUGUUUUUCCAUACAAAAAUUCUUUCAAGACUUUAUAUGCAAACCAUAUCGAUUUAAUGAAGUAACUAUGAUUUAGUAUUAUUAUAUUUCUCAGAUUUAAAGAGCUUCUCGGUUUAUCAGUCACAUAUGAAGGCAUAGGAGAUCUUUAUCUUCCAAUUUUGUAAAUUGGAAAGGGUAGUUCAGCAAAAGUAAUAUGCAAUUGAAUUUAAGGUUUAUAGUGCUUAAAAUAUUUUGAAUUAAAACACUUAUGCUAUAAAAGCUAUAGAGAAAUCAUUUUUAAAUUAAACUGAAAAAGGCUCUGGUUUAGUAAUUUAUUAAAUAUAUGACAAUUAGGCUGCUUAUCAAAUGGAAGUUAGAAUUCUCAAAAUCCUAUCCCCUUACUCUUAGAACUUUCUUACUUUAAAGGAGAUAUAUGAGGGCGAUCAUACAUUUUAUUUGGUAACAGAUUAUUUGGAGGGAGCUAGUUUGAGUGAAGAAAUUGAAAGAGCAAAAGUAUUAUUUAAAAUAAUUCAUAGAAUCUUCCAGAUCGUAAACUGCCUAUCUAAACUAUUAAAAUAUUAAUAUACAAAUUAUUAUCAAAUUUAGCAUUGCUACAUAAAAAUAAGGUAUAUUUAAAAAUAUAUUAAAAGAUUAUUCAUAGAGAUCUUAAACCUGAUAAUUUGAUGUUUGCCAAAAAAAAUGAUUAUACUUCUUUAGUUUUAGUAGAUUUUGGCUUAGCCACUUUUGAAUAUUUAGAUAAGUAAAAUUUUAUUUAAGAUAUUAGAUAUUUAUUUCCUAAAUGUGGAACUCCUGGAUAUGUUGCUCCAGAAGUUCUUAAUUUAAAUUUUGAAAAUAAAUACACAACAAAAGUUGAUAUAUUUAGUAGUGGUUGUAUACUUUAUAAAUUAUUGACUGGAAGAAGUAUAUUUGGAGGAAAAACUUUUGAUGAUGUUUUAAGAGCAAAUAAGAAGUGCUUCAUUGAUUUAGAUCUUCCUCUUGAUCAUAUUUAUUUGACAGAUCUUUCUCUUGUAUUAAUGUUAUUUUAUCAUUAUUGUAGGAUUUAUUAAAUUAGUUACUUUAAAAAAAUCCAAAAUAAAGAAUAAGUGCAACAUAAGCACUUUCUCAUCCAUUUUUUGAAUCAAUAAGUCAAUAAAGUACAUAAAUGUUUUCUACAUUUAUAUCAAAUGUAAAAAUUAGUCAUAAUGGAAAUUUAAAUUUAUAAUGUGAAGAAUAAAUGUCUAAAUAUGAUAUAGAAGAAUAUUAGAUAAAUAGUGAAAUGAAGGAAGAUGAAUAGAAUACAAUUUAGAUUCCUUUAACUAAAAGAUGUUCAUUAAUGAACGAGUUCUAAUCUCCUUCUAGAUCAACGUUUAAAUUUUAUUAAAAAGAACCAUUAUCAGGAAUAAGAUGUUUAAAAUUGAUUGACUAAUCUAGUCUAAGGGAAGAUUCAAAUGAAAUUGCUAGUGAAUGA